GAGAGGGACCAGACUCUCACUCUGACAGAGGGAAGAGUCCUUCAGGGGAACCAGACCCAGAGACGCCCAAACCAGCAAGACAACACUUCUGUUCCCAGAGUUUUAGGGGGUUAAGGAACCUGAAAGUACAUGAGAGAACGCACACAGGAGAAAACCCUUACGAUUGCUCCCGCUGUGGAAAGAGUUUUACCAAGUUAGGGAACCUAAAAGAGCAUGAGAGGACACAGACAAGAGAAAAGUGUUUCCAAUGUUCCCAGUGUGGAAAGAGGUUUACCAAGUUACGGUACCUGAAACAACAUGAAGAAAUACACACAGAAGAUAGGAAGACGUACCACUGCUCUCAGUGUGGAAAGAUAUUUACUGGGUUAGGGAACCUGAAAAUACACAUGAGAAUACAUUCUGGAGAGAAGCCGUACCACUGUUCCCACUGUGUAAAGAGUUUUACUCAGUUAGUUAGCCUGAAGGAGCAUGAGAGAAUACACACAGGAGAAAAGCCUUACCACUGUUCCAAUUGUGAAAAGAGUUUUACUCAUCGAGGAAGCCUGAAAGCGCAUGAGAGAAUACACUCAGGAGAAAAACCUUACCAAUGUUCCCGUUGUGAAAAGAGUUUUACCCGUUUAGGGAGCUUGAAAAGGCAUGAGAGGGGACACACUGGAGAGAAGCCUUAUCACUGUUCCCACUGUGGAAAGAAUUUUAGGUGUUAUGCGAGCCUGAAGGAGCAUGAGAGAAUACACACAGGAGAAAAGCCUUACCACUGUUCUAAUUGUGAAAAGAGUUUUACCCAUCGAGGGAGCCUGAAAGCGCAUGAGAGAAUACACACAGGAGAAAAACCUUUCCAAUGUUCCCAGUGUGAAAAGAGUUUUAGGUGGUCAGGGAGUCUGAAAAAGCAUGAGAGACUAGUUGAGUAUCUGGAGAAAUGUAACCUCUCUAAUUCAUAG